CGAAACCUGGAGGGAAGCUGAGUGGCAUCUGAAAGAAACUUUGGGUGUGAGACGGGAUUCAGGUCGUGGCUCCUGUGCUGGACGUACACACAGUUGUGACCGUCAAGGAUGCAAGAAGCCAUCAUUCUCCUGGCUCUCCUGGGUGCCAUGUCAGGGGGAGAGGCGCAACACCUAAUCCUCUUACCUGCUACAAGCACCGUCGCAGAGAAUUCUCCACCUGGGACUUUGGUGCACAACUUUUCGGUGAAAUUAGCAGCAUCACUGUCACCUGUGAUCCCAGGAUUUCCCCUGAUAAUCAACUCGAAUCCCCUCACGGAAGCCUUCAGGGUGAAUUGGCUGACAGGCACUGACUUUGAGGUUGUCACCACUGGGAUGGAACAACUAGAUUUUGAAACAGGACCAAACAUAUUUGAUUUGCAGAUUUAUGUGAGGGAUGAGGUUGGUGUCACAGACCUGCAAGUCCUGACUGUUCAGGUAACAGAUGUGAACGAGCCGCCUCAGUUUCAAGGCAACUUGGCAGAAGGUCUGCAACUCUACAUAGUAGAAGGAGCAAACCCUGGAUUCAUUUACCAGGUUGAGGCCUUCGAUCCGGAAGACACAGGCCAAAACAUUCCCCUCAGCUAUUUCCUGACUUCUCUCUCAAAGAGCUUCAGAAUGUCUGCAAAUGGCACCCUCUUCUCCACAGCGGAAUUGGACUUUGAAGCAGGACCCAGCAGUUUCCAUCUCAUCGUGGAGGUGAGGGACAGCGGCGGCCUCAGAGCCUCCACGACCAUCCAUGUGAACAUCGUGAACCUCAACGAUGAAGCCCCUCGCUUUACCAGCCCGACACGAGUGUACAUGAUCCCGGAGGAACUGAGUCCCGGAACUAUCGUGGCCAACAUCACAGCGGAGGAUCCUGAUGAAGAAGGUCUUCCCAGCCACCUCCUCUACAGCAUUACCACUGUUAGCAAAUAUUUCAUGAUAAAUCAGUUGACUGGUGCAAUCCAAGUGGCCCAGAGGAUCGACCGAGAUGCAGGUGAAUUGCGACAGCAUCCCACCAUUUCCCUGGAAGUUCUGGUGAAGGACAGACCACAUGGGGGUCAGGAGAAUCGCAUCCAGAUAACCUUCACUGUGGAAGACAUCAACGACAAUCCUGCCACAUGCCAAAGGUUCACCUUCAGCAUUAUGGUGCCGGAAAGAACAGCCAACGGGACGUUGCUUCUUGACCUGAACAAUUUCUGCUUUGAUGAUGACAGCAAGGCACCCAACAACAGAUUCAACUUCAGCACGCCAUCUGGAGUGGGGGACGGCGGCAGAUUUUCACAGGAUCCAGCUGGCUCUGGGAAAAUCGUGCUGAUUGGUGAUCUAGAUUAUGAAAAUCCAAGUAAUCUAGCAGCCGGCAAUAAAUACAUGGUGAUAAUCCAGGUGCAGGAUGUGGGGGCCCCUUACUAUAAAAAUAACAUCUACGUUUAUAUCCUAACAAGCCCGGAAAAUGAGUUUCCUCUCAUUUUUGAUAGGCCAUCCUACGUAUUUUCUGUGUCAGAAAGAAGACCGGCCAGAACCCGAGUGGGACAGGUGCGGGCCACUGAUAAAGACCUCCCCCAGAGCAGCCUCGUGUACUCCAUCUCCACCGGAGGGGCCAGCCUCCAGUACCCGAACGUAUUUUGGAUUAAUCCCAAGACAGGAGAACUCCAGCUGGUAACUAAAGUGGACUACGAAACAACCCCCGUGUAUAUUCUCAGAAUCCAGGCCACCAACAGCGAGGACACAAGCUCCGUCACUGUUACUGUGAACAUCCUUGAAGAAAAUGAUGAAAAGCCAAUUUGUACUCCAAACUCUUAUUUCCUGGCCCUCCCAGUGGAUCUGAAAGUUGGGACAAAUAUUCAGAAUUUCAAGCUGACGUGUACUGACCUUGAUUCCAGCCCCAGAUCUUUCCGUUACUCCAUUGAUGCAGGCAACGUCAACAAUCAUUUCACCUUCUCUCCCAAUGCUGGCUCCAACGUCACACGCCUGCUGCUGACGUCUCGCUUUGACUAUGCUGGUGGGCUUGAUAAGAUCUGGGACUACAAGCUACUUGUCUACAUAACUGAUGACAACUUGCUGUCCGGCAGGAAGAAAGCUGAGGCUCUCGUUGAGACAGGAACGGUGACCCUGAGUAUUAAAGUCAUUCCGCGCCCAACCACGGUCAUCACCACAACCCCCAGGCCCAGGGUCACCUACCAGGUCCUGAGGAAAAACGUUUACUCUCCGUCCGCGUGGUACGUGCCUUUUGUCAUCACUUUGGGCUCCAUAUUGCUUCUGGGUCUCCUGGUGUACCUGGUCAUCCUGUUGGCCAAAGCCAUCCACAGACACUGCCCCGGCAAGACUGGGAAGAACAAGAAAGCUCUGACGAAGAAAGGAGAAAUGAAGACUGCAAAGAGAGAGGUGGUGGUGGAAACUAUCCAGAUGAACACUGUCUUUGAUGGAGAAGCCACAGAUCCAGUGCUGACCCGUUUAGGCUAAAUACAACGUGAGAUCAGCUGUGAACCCAGCUGGCUUGCAGCCGCUCAAGUACAGAUCACGCUGACGUGGAGCCUCGGCGGGCCUCCACCGAAAGGCUCACAUUGAAGGGCCGUGCCUCUUUCUCGCCUCCCUUCCUGAACUCUGAACCAGUUGAGGGAACUGGUGAAUCCAGGAAUCCACAUUUUUUUCCUGCUCUUUGGUACUCACUGCAGCCCCUUCCAACCACAUUCUUUCUGCAUGCUUCUAAUAGCGUUUUAUCAGUAGUGGAAGAUACAGAGAAAUGGCAAGUGUUAGCUUCUUUUUCCCUUAGUUCAGGGUCAGCAACAUGAGCAUAAGGUAGAGCAGGCUUCUGGAGCUCUCAUCAGCCCCUGAAAUCAGCUCCAAAUUUAGCUCCUUUACACUCACCCCUCCGCUUACAAAGGCUCAAUUAUAGACGUGAAUAAAGGGAAGGAAACCAAAUUCAGGAGGCAAGUGUGUUGGCUUCCUGCCACCUUCACAUGCAAACGGCACCGGAUCUCCUAAGGAGGAUGGCUCCUCUCCAGGAAGAGUCUGCCGCCGCGCCGCCGCUGCUGCUGCUGGAAUUAAAUUUCCCUCUAUUAUUAGGUGCUUGUUACCAUAAUGUGCCCACAUUAGCUUAAGUGCUGGUGGGAUCCUGAGCUGAGAGGCCACUCAUGCUGUAUGGGAAUGGCAAGGACCAAGGGCUUGCCUUAAACCUGAUCUCCCUGAGCAAGAGGCUGGAGAGGAUUUUUGUGUUUAUGUGUAGUUGAGACAGAAAAAAAAAAAAAAAUGAAAGACAUGAGCCAACUGGCCUAAAUCAAUUAGUGUCUGCUGGCUCGUCACAAUAAAAAUGGCUUCCUUGCAUCAUCUCAAGUGGGGCCAGAUUUGUGUGUGUGUGUCUACAAAUUGCUGCUAACCUAACGUAAAUAAAAAUCAGCCUUUUCCUUCUCACUUGAUGAAUUCCUUUUUGUAGCAGGAAUUCAGGGGUCUUUUAAAACAAACAAAUCAGAAAGUAAUGGGUAAUUCCAUUAGACACUGAACCUGAUUUAUCCGAAGCUUGCACGGAGUUCAAGAUUUCCAUGGCCUUCUCAUCCUGCAGUUGAGAUGUCCUUGAGACACUCCUGAACCCUUCUAUCCAGAGAGGUUUGCUGUUUGCUGCCUGUGUGGUCGGGGCGGCACGGCUUGUGGGCAAGGGCAGGCUGGUGAAGACUGCGGUGCUAUUCAGCCGCCUGCUGUCUGUGUCAGCGAUUUACAUCUUCUAGUAUGCUUUAUCUUCCCUCGGGAGUCAGAACAGAGCAGGGUACAAGUCGGGGAAGAGACAGUCAUUGGAAUUUUCUGGUUUAUGUGAUUGUUAUAUUUUUUUUCUUCACUAGUGACUGGGAAAAUAUAUGAAUUCGAUUCAAAAACUGGAGCCAGAAAGUGGAAAGAUCCACGAA